CCUCAGGUGAACAAGUCCAGUCACGUGGGUUACAUUUUUUUUUUUUUAAUUGAACUUAGAGGAAUUUUCGGGGAUGAAGGAGCAGUGCCUGCCUGAUGCUAAUGAACCUCGUGAUGUGAAAUGUUUGACUCCAGAAGUUGUUAUUGGGCGUGAUCUUACUGAGCUCAAGUGGCAGGGGGCUGAUCAGAAAGCCAUUCUAGCUGCACUACCUGAGCUUACUUCUUUGGAUGAUAUUCCUCCACCAUCCAGGGAAGUGAAAGUUCCUUUUGGUGUAUUACCUCUUUCGCAGAAUCGUUCUUUAAUAUCUAACCUCAUGUCCCUAAUUGAUCCUCCUCCAUCAUUUGAUGAUGUCAAAGAAGUAACUCUCAGAGAGCUUUACCAGAUAAAUGUUACUGUAACAAGUAACUUGUCAGAUGGGAACAGCUUGUCUGUGCAAAAAGAUUUCCAGACCUCAAUGACAGUUUGGAAGCACUUGAGGGCAGGAUGCUGGUGGCAUCAAGAACUUCUAGCAAUUUCAGUUUCAUGCCUUGACAAUUUUCAGCUCACCUCUGCAUUUGCUGGCAUUCUUCAUCCAUUCUCUUUGUUACAUCACGAGUUUGUACUUCUCAUUAGCACUUUAUCUCUACGUACAUGCAGUGAUGCAGACGCUGCAAAGCUGAAAGUAACUAGCCAGAAAACUGAGAACCAAGUCUAUUAUCGGCUAGAACUUCAUACAAGGGCUAAAGGAGUGAAACUCGUACUGCAUAGCUUGCCAAGAAGUUAUGAAUAAUCUAUAGGUAUGGUUUUACAUGAAAAGCACAUCUCCGGUUCUCAGAACUGAAUGGUACACUUGCAUAUAGUCUAGGAAUUCAUCUUGUGGAUUUUGAAGGAAAAAUUGACUUUGUUUCUUUUAGGUUAAAUCACCAAUUGAUCCCUAAAUUAUUGUACGAACCUCAAUUGGGUCCUU